AUGACUUACAAUUUUAAACACUUUAUUUUUGCAGAAAAGGUAACUGUAGAUGAAAGGCAACCUGACGAUGAGGUGGUCAAGGACCAGGAAGAGGAUAAUAAUGAGGAAUCAAGUGACAAACCUAGUGCAGAGCCAUAUGACAGUCCUAGUGAAGAGUCAUGUGACAGCGCAGAGUCAUAUGAGUGGCCAGAAGAUGAUGAGUUGAUUGUCAUAGAAACUGGAGACGGAGCACCAUUAGUUGGAACAGUUGAGACUGCUGAAUCAUAUUAUGUUGUGAAUCCUAAUCAACAUUCUUUCAAUGGACUAUCACCAUCAGGUAUUGUAUUAAUUCCUGCAUUAUCAAACAUUACACAUUAGUAUUUUUGCACAAGUGAACAUAACAAAUCCUACAAGGUGAUUGGUCAAAUUUGACAUAUUAAUCUGUUAUAUUCACCUACAGGAGAAUAUAACAAAAUCGAAAUUUUCAAAAUGGCGGUUAGCCGUUUUGUUGAAGUUAGUGAUAAAGAAAUAAGCGAAAUUAAAAUGAAUUCAGACAAGAAAAACACAAAAAAACUUGUGCAAAAAUACUAAAACAGUUAUUCGCCUCAGGCUCGGUGAUUAUCGGGGAAUAUUCACCUCGACUUCGUCUCAGCGAAUAUUCCCCGAUAAUCACCUCGCCUUCGGCGAAUAAUUGUUAAAUAAUGAUGCAGAUAUUUGUAGAGAUUACAAAUAUUUACACUAUUAUUAUAAUUCGAUCAUCCGAAAUUUAAUCGAUCAAUCGAUGACAAUCAAUACCAGUUAGUCAAUUGAUCAUUAUCGGAUAACCAAUUGAUAUUCACAAUAAAUACUAGACUAAUUUCAUCGAUUAUCAUCGAUAUUUCGACUUCAUCCGCUAUCGUGUGUCUGCGUUUUACUUAAGGAGCAUCAGAAUUUACGAGAAGUGAUCUGAAACAGCUAAAAUACAAGCGAAGAAAAAUACCUGCUUCGUUAAGAUGGAUCUAACCUGCGAUCAGGCUUUACAACAAAAAAUGCAUGUGAACUAAAUUUUAGUGCCACUGUUUAGUUUCAUGCAUAUUAACUUUGUCUUUUUCAAUCCAUUAAAAUCAAUACAAAUCGAUAAUCAAUCUAUGAAAGGUCACAGCGAUACCAGUCAUCAAAUGGUCAUCGAUUUCCAAUAUUAAUCGAUUAAUUGAUAUCGAUUGAGACCGACUGACGUUAAUUUUUAUCGAUUAUCGAUUUCAUCGAUCAGGUAAGCCGGUAUUAUAAUAGGAUUAUCAUACACAGGUUUAACCAGUUAGUAUUGGUCUAUUGAGUAAAAUUGCUACUUACGAAAUGGAAAAGUUAUAUGUUGGAUUGUUGAUGUCAGUUAGUAUUACUAACUCACAAAACUACCUUAUCAAUUGUCUCAAAACCAUCUUGUAACAUGUUAGGUACUUUACUUAUUUUUUUGUCUAUAUUCUGCGAUUUGUGCCAUGUUCAGGAUCUGUGAUCCUCUAAUUUUUACUAAAACCUCUUACACUAUUUUCUUCAGAGAUUCAGUUGGACGAAUCUUUGUUCCGUUCACUGAAUGAAAGUAAUUCUGAGGAAAGAUUAGAAAAUAUCCAACUUCCAGAUACAGUGACGAAACUGACCACACCAUAUCGAUCAACUGUUUACCUCGUUGGCACAGCACAUUUCAGUGAAAGUAGUAACGAGGAUGUUCGAAAGGUAGAGAUCUCCUUGUCUUUGUUCUUUUUACAAUUCAGUUUUAUUUUGCCUUUUGGUUACAUGUAUACCCAUGGUAAACUAUGACCCAAUGUAUAAUGCGGGUAGGAGACGCAUCGAUUAGGCCAUGUUUGUAACAUGUCAGGCAGUUCCAACUCUCGCAAAAAGUUACAAACACGAAUCAAGACAAGUCAUUGAGUAAUUGGUAUCCUGAAAUAUUUUCAUAUUUCUCAAAGCAUGCCAGGGGCGAGCUUUGGUACUUGACCUCAUCAAAUUAAUUUAUUGUGUAAGACAAAUAGGGUAUAUAUUUUUUCACACAGCAGAGCUUUUAGGAGAUACAACUACCUGAAAAAUGCAAAAUGAACUUCGACGUUGUGAGCGAAGGCCUUUGUUUUGAAGUUAGUAGACGUAUUUAAUUGUCUACUAACGUUCAGAUGAAGCAAGGGCGGAUUUUAGUGGAAAUAGUGGGGGAGGUGGAAAAGAAUUCAGGGGAGGUGCAGCGGUCUAGCUCACGACUCCCUGCAUGGAAAAUUAGGGUUUACUGUAGAACGGGCCAAAGUCAACGACGUGACGUAUGUAUCUAUAGUGUACAUAUGUAUCAGUGUAUUAAUGAAUUAUGCCUGUACGACUCAUCCAAUUUUGCCCUUCAUUACAAUUGCUACAAAGUUUCUUUCAAAACAUUGCAUUAAAAGGGUAUUUGACACAGAGACGAAUGGCUAUCACUACAAAUGUAGACCCUAAGCAACCAAAAAUGUCAAAUGUUCACUUUGAUCUAUCAUUAAAACUUUUCCAAGGGGAGGUGCACGACCUUUCAGGGGAGGUGUGCACCUCCCCACACCUCCCCUCAAAAUCCGGCCAUGAGACGAAUGGCCUUCGCUCGAAAUGUCCAAGUAUUUUUUUGUGAUUUUUCAGGUAGUUGUAUCUCUUACGUACGCUGGCAAUGACCGUUCGGUAUAUGUUUUCGUGUUAUGUUCCAUUUCUCCGUCAUUUUUGUCUACAUGCAUUAGCCCCAAUCAGAUUUUUUUCUCAUUACCUCAUCCAAAAGACGGCUUGGACGUCCCGAGACUGUUGUACUUUUUCAUUGAAGGAAAUUAUAUUAAGCAAGGAUGACACAAUAAUUGCUUUCUGUUUCUUAAAUUAUGCUUUCCAUUUCUUAGACUAUACAACUACUACAGCCUAACUUGGUGAUGGUUGAACUGUGUCGGGGUAGAGUGGAUAUAUUGAAAUAUGAUGAAGAAUUCUUAAUGAGAGAAGUUGGAAAUAUUAAUUUUCAGAAGUUAAGAACUGUAGUAAAACAUGUAAGUCAUUGUUAUCGUUUUGUGUUGUCUGGUUCUUAUUUCUAGUCAAAAACUGGUUCUUAUUUGUUUUCUUAAUCAGCGAGUUGUUGGCAAUAUUACAGUAAUAAUUGCUACCUAAAAGCCUUUGGUAAAAUGUAUCCUCGUCGAGUACCAAACAACAGUUUAUGUGUUAAACCAAGAAUAUACCUUCCAAUACCUGCCUUUGAUCAACGGUUGAACCCUGAACCAUGACCAAACCUCGACGAGUAAAUCCCCUUUCCAGAUCCGGGUAGUUCCAUGCGGCCAUGCCUGCAGUUACCCUGCAAUGUGUACACUCACCUGCCUUUUACUUAUCGCGUGUAAACCCCUAGUUACACGAUCCCGGAUUCACUUUUUACGACAUCGCAUACGCCGUUUAGGAGUAAUAUCUGCCCACCAAAUUUCCUCAUUUAACAGUUUAUGUUUUAUUUUGUUUAUUAUUGCAAUUUAUUGUUGCAAUUGGUCUUCAUAUAGUUUCGACGAUCUUCUACAAAACGAUCUUCUACAAAGAAUUUCCAUUUUAUUUUUAUUCAUCUAGGAAGGUAUUGUUUCAGGCAUAAUGCAAGUUUUGUUACUCAGUAUGUCAGCUCAUAUCACAAAGGAGUUAGGUAUGGCACCUGGGGGAGAGUUCAGAGCUGCUUAUCAAGAGGUUAGCAAUUAUUGAGGUUGUUAUCAUAUGACACAUAGCUGUUUGUAGUGAUGCACAAUAUGUGUGUUUCAUUUCUUUUGUAGGCGAAGAAGGUGCCGUUCUGCCAGUUUCGACUUGCUGACCGUCCAAUACAGGUUAGUCAUAUUAGUUUAGUAUUAAUGAGCUUAAGCAAGCGAUCGACGUUUUUGUCAUCAGACAUCACCCGAAAAUUGGUAUUACUAAUUUUGGCGGCCUUUUGCAUCAGCGCUCGUGUAAGGAAGAAAAAACUUUAAAAAUCUUAUGUUUACAAGAUUGUAACAAACAACUUGUUAACAAGUUGUUGAAUUGCAGAACGAACAAGCUGUUGUUGUUGAGGAACAACUUGUAACAAGUUUCUUCAGUCAACAACCUUGCUGUUGCAGCAAUUGCCAACAAGCUGUUGACAACUUUUCAACAAGCUGGGAACAGGCAGUGCAUGCGAACACAUUCUGGUAACAAGCUGUUGAAACAGCAUUACAUGGUAUAAGUCUGCUGUAAGUUUGUUGCAUACUGUAUGUAACGUACUGUAUGUAAUUGAUCAACGCGCCCCACACAACGGCGGUACGUACGAAGUAGUGCCAUGCAGUGUGUAGUGUAUAUAUGUCUUUCUUUAUGACUCUGUUUUUCUAGUUUGCACAACACCCAUGCGCAUGCUCUCACUUAUACUCGUAAACAUAUACAAGUCCAUAUAAAUGGCAAGAUAUAGUGAAGUUCUUCAUCGAAAAAGUAAAUAUAAACUCCCGUGGCCUCCAAUCUCCAUGGGUAAAGAAAGCAACAGGAGAUUAUGAACUUAAUCAGCAGUUCCUGCUUGAAAUCAAGAACGGCAGUCGAUGCAGUUUUACAUUUGUGAUUUCAAACAAGAGCGCCUGUCGCCAUCUACAACGACUCGAUUUACUUCUGGUCGGUGUUCGUGAAUCAAAAACGUCGCUUGCUUAAGCGGAUCUCUAUCAACUAUUUUCUUACUUGCAGGUUACGCUAGCAAGGGUAAUGGCUGCUCUGUCUUUAUGGCAAAAGAUAAAACUCGCUUGGAGUCUUAUUACUUCUAAAGAACCAAUAACGUAUGAACUGGUCUAUCUAAUCGUUAAUAAUUGCUUUUGCACUCUUCAACUUACUACGUCAUCUAUACUAUACGGUAACGGUUUUACGACGUAAAAUGAAUGUAAUUUCCUUUUUGUAGUAAAGAAGAUGUAGAACGAUGUAAACAGAAAGACUUGAUUGCUGAAAUGUUGGCUGAGAUGACGGGUGAUUUUCCCAAGCUGUAUGAAAUAUUAGUAAAAGAAAGAGAUGCCUAUUUAGCAAGAUCAUUAAGACUUGCCGCCAUUCCUCGUGAAAUAACUGAACCUGAUGGAGGUAUGAUCACUCACUGUCCAAUUAGCCUGCGUGCAGUCUCAACUUGAUAUUUAAUAAAUUCGGGUUGAGGCUGUGCAUGACAACUGCUCCGAAUAUUAAUAACUAUAGUGGUUUCUUUUCUUCCACAUAUGAUAAAAUACUUGACUGGGACUUUCUGGAAAACAGUAUGUACCCUCGAUACUGUUUCCCUCGAUCCCAGUCAAAAACUGUUAAGUAGCAGAUCAUUGCGCAAUAUUUGAGCUUGUGUAGUUCCUACUGACUGUUACUUACUUUAUCAUUAUCAGGUUUUCACUUUGAGCCUACAGUCAUUGUUGGUGUUGUUGGUAUCGGUCAUGUUCAAGGAAUUGUUGAAAAUUGGGAGAAAGAUAUUGAUAUUCAAGAAAUAAUGAGGUUUUCUGUAUCUAACUAAUCUGGUAUAUUGCAUUUAACUAAUCUACCGCCUAAAAAAAUUGUUGAUUCCGGUUUCCCGACCGAUCCCAUCCAUUGAACUAGAAGUUAACGGGAAUGCUAACUCCUAUAUGACAAAGGCCUAUGAUUAUUUCAAUUCGAUAAUUCGUUGAAGCAGACGCGCGGAAAAAACAGCUUUCAAAAGGACUAAGGGCCUGAUUCCACGAGGCGGACUUUUUCGACCGAAACGAAAUUUCUCUUUGUCUUUUUACAAUUAGUUCUGCUCGAGAGCUCAUGAAACAAAGAGUCGGUCGAAAAAUUUCGCCAAGUGGAAAACCGCCUUUAAGGUGAGUUUCGAGGAGUAAGAAAAAUUCAGUCAAAAGUUUGUUUUUGAGCGAAAAUUUGCAAGAAAAACCUUUUUUCAAAUGGGAAUACUACAAUGAUUCGGAUUUAAACCCAGUAAAUGCAUGCUUAUUAUAAUGUAAAUCAUCUGGUGUUUUUUCUAAAAUAUCUAAUAUUUAUUCCUGCAGGAUGCCACCAAAAAGUAUGACAUUUGGAUAUAUAAAGAAGAUAUUUAAAGCUGCUACGGGAGUUUUUAUGGCGUGGAGUUGUUAUAAAGUAAUACGCUGGACAGGAUGCUUGAAGUAUAUACCUGCGUUACCACUGUCACUGACGAGAUGA